UGAUGGCAGGCCCCCGUCCUGUGGUGCUGAGCGGACCCUCCGGUGCGGGGAAGAGCACGCUCCUGAAGAAGCUGCUGAAGGAAUAUGAGGGCGUCUUUGGGUUCUCCGUGUCCCACACCACCAGGAGCCCCAGACCGGGGGAAGUCAACGGGAAAGAUUAUCACUUUGUGACGCGGGAGGACAUGCAGUGCGGCAUUGAUGGCGGUGACUUCAUAGAGCACGCAGUGUUCUCCGGAAACAUGUAUGGCACCAGUAAAGCGGCGGUACAGGCGGUGCAGGCCCAGAACCAGAUCUGCAUCCUGGACAUCGACAUGCAGGGGGUGCGAAACAUCAAGAAGACGGAGCUGAACCCCAUCUACAUCUCCAUCCACCCCCCGACUGUGCAGAUCCUGGAGAAGCGUCUCCGGGACCGGAACACAGAGUCCGAGGAAAGUCUGAGCAAGAGGCUGCGGGCGGCCAUAGAAGACCUGGAGAUCAGUAAAGAGCCCGGACUGUUCGAUAGAAUCAUUGUAAAUGACGACCUGGAAGAAGCGUACGCCAAACUGAAGGACUCCCUGAAAGAGGAGAUUGCGGCGGUGCAGACCUGCAGGGAUUCCUGACUACACUCCGUUCCGUUCCGCAGUCAUUCCUCCUCUGUAUCCUUCCCUUGUACUCGUGCUGCGUCCCUGUGUCUGUUCUGUGGUUUCCUGCGCUCCUGGUUCCAGUGUUUUCCGCUCGUGUCGGCACAAUCUCUCGUCUUCCAGCCUCUUCAGUAUCUGAUGGCCAUUGAGAUUAUUUCCUAAGGAAAUUAAUAUUCCAGGAUCAGAUCCAUCGGGUUUUGGGGGGGGGGGAGAACCAUGGGGAUUGGUAUUGGGGUUAGUGUUACAAGAAUGGCGCUCAUACGGCAGAGCACUUGCUACGUUUACGAGAACCUUUUGCCUCAGAUGGUUGUUUGAUGACGGUGCAGUUUUUUGUGGCUAAGCUUUGAUUGGACGGUGUAAUCUCCCCCCCUCACAAGGCUCCUCCCCUAUUGUGUCCAAACCCCUGCCCCCCCCCCCCCAGGUGCUCCAUCCUGUUACUAGAGUGACGCAGAACAUCGCGAUAGAACUUUUAUUCACUUUAUUGUUUUUUAAGUAAAAAAAAUCUCAUGUUUUUUAUGCAAUAAAUUUCCGUCCGCCACGUGAUCCUGCUGAUCGUCGGGCGCUGCAGAACACGGGUCGUACUUACCUCAGAACAAGGGACGUCUUUAUUUGUGAUGUUGACUGUAAUAAAAUGUCUGUCUGGUGUUUAUACUGUUUAUUU